UGAAAGCGGUGACAGAACUAGAGAAAAGGGAGAAGAAGCGUUGUCCGCGUUGCCCGCAGGCGACAGUGAGGCUUGACUGAGCUGGUUUGGGGACUCCCGUGCUUUUGUCUCCAUCACGGUCACCCGUUGCUGUUGUUCUUCCUUGGGUCGGUAGACCGAGGCCACGCCCAUGAGCUCGACGCAGAGUCCCAUGGAAGUGGCAGAAAUGCUUACAGACCCUGCACAGGACUGUGUGGUCUCUGAGGAUGUGGCCAUAUAUUUCUCCCAGGAGGAGUGGGAACUCCUUGAUGUGGCUCAGAGGCUGCUGUACUGUGACGUGAUGCUGGAGAAUUUUACAAUUUUGUCCUCAUUAGGUUGUUGGCAUAGAGCCAAGGAUGAGGAGGUACCUUAUAAGCAAGAUGUUUUUGUAGGUGCAUCACAGGUCAGGACUCCAGAGCCAGGUCUGACCACCCAGAAGACUCAGCCCUGUGAGACAUGCAGCUCACUUUUGAAAGACAUUUUGCACCUGGCUGAGCACAGUGGAACAAGCCCUGAGGAAGAAUUGUGCAAGUGUCUGGCAGACCUUUACCAGCACCACCAGCAAGAUCUUAGAGCAGAUCAUUCCAGAAGUGAUGAGCAGGGGCCUUCGUUUUUGAAGAAGCACAGAGGUCACAUAGCAGAGAGGACCUUUAUAAGCAGGGAGGGUGAGAAGGAUGUUGUUGCUGAUUUAGACCUUUUUCAGCACAAGGCCUUUCUCAGUGAUUGGAAGUCAUGCAGGGACAACCAGGCCUUUCAAAGUAGACAAAGUGACUUUAGCUGUGGAGACUGUGGGAAGGACUUUUGCCACCAACAUAUGCAUUUUGAGCACCAAAAAAUCUGCCCUGGGGAAAGGCCUUACGAGUGCAGUGAAUGUGGGAAAUUCUUUAGGUAUAACUCCAACCUCAUCAAACAUCAGAGGAAUCACACUGGAGAAAAGCCUUAUAAGUGUGGGGAAUGUGGGAAAGCCUUCAGUCUCAAAUAUAAUGUUGUUGAACACCAGAAAAUUCACACUGGAGAAAGGCCCUAUGAGUGCACUAAGUGUGGGAAGGCCUUCAUUAGAAAGUCCCACCUUGUUCAACACCAGAAAAUCCAUAUUGAAGGAUUCAUUACAAAAAGGACUGACCUCAUGGAGCACCAGAGAAUUCAUACCAGGCCAAGACCUUAUGAGUGCAGCCAAUGUGGGAAGGCUUUUCUUACACAGUCCCACCUUCUUGGUCACCAGAAAAUCCAUACUGGAGAAAGGCCUUAUGAGUGCAGCCAGUGUGGGAAAUCUUUCAUGUACAGUUCCACACUCAUUAGACACCAGAAAGUUCACUCUGGAGAAAGGCCUUAUUGUUGUGGUGAAUGUGGGAAAUUUUUCACAGACAGCUCCACCCUCAUUAUUCACCAGCGAGUUCACACUGGAGAAAAGCCUUAUGAGUGCAGUGACUGUGGGAAGUUCUUUAGGUACCGCUCCACACUCAUCAGACACCAGAGAGUUCACACUGGAGAAAGGCCCUAUGAGUGCAACAAGUGUGGGAAGUUCUUCAUGGACAGCUCCACCCUCAUCAUCCAUCAGAGAGUUCACACUGGAGAAAAACCUUACAAAUGCCAUGAAUGUGGGAAGUUCUUUAGGUAUUGCUUUACAUUGAAUAGACACCAGAGAGUUCACUCUGGUGAAAGGCCCUAUGAGUGCAGUGAAUGUGGGAAGUUCUUUAUGGACAGCUCCACACUCAGUAGUCACCAGAGAGUUCACACUGGAGAAAGGCCCUAUGAGUGUAGCAAGUGUGGAAAAUUCUUUAGGUAUCGCUCCACACUUGAUACACACCAGAGAGUUCACACUGGGGAAAGGCCCUAUGAGUGCAGUGAAUGUGGGAAACUCUUUAGGCACAACUCUAAUCAAAUCAGACAUCGAAAAAAUCACAUUGGAGAAAGGCCUUAUGAGUGCAGUGAGUGUGGGAGAGUCUUCAGCCAGAAUUCUCACCUCAUUCGGCACCACAAAGUCCACACUAGAGAAAGAGCUUAUGAAUGCAGCAAAUGUGGGAAAUUGUUUGUGGACAGCGCCACACUCAGUAGUCACCAGAGAGUCCACACUGGAGAAAAGCCUUAUGAGUGCAGUCAAUGUGGGAAAGCCUUUAGCUACAACUCCAGCCUCAUUAAACACAGGAGGAUUCACACUGGAGAAAGGCCAUACGAGUGUGUGGAGUGUGGGAGGGUCUUUAACCAAAACUCCCAUCUCAUUCAGCACCAAAAAGUUCACAGCAGGUAGAGAUCUUGUGAGGAGUGUGGAAAGACUUCAGUUCUUAGAAGAACUAAUUUAUUUUUAUUUAAUUGUGAAAUGCAGGUAACAAAUAUGCCAUCAUAACCAUAUUUAAAU